AUGCAAAGAGGAAACUGCUCCUCCUUCACUGAGUUCAUAUUGUGGGGAAUCACGGAGAAGCCUGGAGUCAAGAUGAUCUUAUUUACCAUGUUUGUUAUUGUCUAUCUCAUUAACCUUCUGGCAAAUCUGGGAAUGAUCACCCUCAUUAGGAUGGAUCCCCAGUUGCACACACCCAUGUACUUUUUCCUCAGCCACCUCUCCUUCUGUGACCUCUGCUAUUCCACAGCUAUUGGCCCCAAGAUGCUGGUGGACCUUUUAGCCAAAAAGAGAUCAAUCUCCUUCUAUGGCUGCGCUCUGCAAUUUUUGAUCUUCUCUAACUUUAUAGACUGUGAGUGUCUCCUGCUGGCAGUGAUGGCCUAUGACCAGUACAAGGCCGUCAGCAGCCCCUUGCUCUAUGCAGUCAGCAUGUCCAGCAGGGUGUGUUCCCUGCUCAUGGCGGGGGUUUACCUGUUGGGAAUGACAGAUACUUUGAUACACACGACAUUAGCAUUCCGCUUAUGUUUCUGUGGGUCAAAUGUGAUUAACCACUUUUUUUGUGACUUACCUCCACUUCUCUCCCUUUCAUGCUCUGAUACAUGGGUCAAUGAAUUAGCAUUAUUCAUUUUUUUUUUUGGCUGUGUUGAACUGACCUCCAUUUCAGGAGUCUUUGUCUCUUAUUGUUAUAUCACCCUAGCAGUCUUGAAGAUCCACUCUGCCGAAGGGAGGUUCAAAGCUUUCUCCACCUGCACCUCCCACCUAACUGCCGUGGCAAUUUUCCAGGGAACUCUGCUCUUCAUGUAUUUCAGGCUGAGUUCAUCCUACUCUCUAGAUGAAGACAAAAGGUCCUCGUUGUUUUACACCCUUGUGAUUCCCAUGUUAAACCCUCUGAUUUACAGCCUAAGGAACAAGGAUGUGAAACAGGCCCUGGAAAAACUGAAACUUUAA